AUGACAGCCGCUGACCGUCUCGAAUGUCCGCUGCUGCUCUGUCGCAAGAGGUUCCCAAGCCAUGAGGCUAUGUUGAGGCACUUGUAUAGCUGCGAUCAGCUGUCCACCGGCGAGUACUGGUGUUACGAGUGUGGGAAGGCCGAGAAGUUCACCGAUGGGAAGUGCAAACGCUGCCUGGGGCAUCCUGGAAAGAGGCGUAGGAUCAUGUCCGUCGCGAAGAACUUCUUCUCUUCGUUGGGGCAAAAGUCCAAGAACCAGGGCAUGCUCGACCUCGACAUGAAGAAUGCAUCCGACAUCGCCAUAUUUCCACCGCCGAGCUACGAUUCUUGCAUUCAACCUCAGCAGGUCGAGCUAUCCUCGUGCUCCGAAAUCCUAGAGAUCGAUUCCAUCGAGGUGCCUCUUCCGACGCCGACCAAUAUUGACCGAGGCAUCAUGGAAGCCGAGUCCGCAAUGUCCAUGGCCAUGGAGCCGACGGCCUUGGAAUCAGCCGUCUCUGUGAUGCCUGACCUCUCAUUCGACUGGCUGUUGCAGACCAACGUCGGUGCAAAUGACAACAGCAUCUCAGGCAAACCCGAUCGGCCGUCAUUGUCUCUAUAUACUUACGGUCUCGAGCAGCGUCGCAAACAGCAUCAGCCUACGACUCGAACCAAGAACCUGUCCCCUAGCAAUUCGCUUAGAUCGAACGCGAGUACCGACACAACAGCGAGUUAUCUCGUUUCACCUGCCUCUGCCUUCAGCGGUACCUGGACGACUGCCGAGACUGGCAUCACUUCACCAGCGUCCGACAGCAGUUCUGGCGGGCUGCUCUCACGUGGUUGCUCCAAUGCAAGUCGCUACUCGAACUACAGUAUCCAGCCGCAUGCCUUCAUCUCGGAACUUCCAGCAGACGACAUCAUGCUCCAGCCGCUUCCCUUGACUCUCUCGGAGGACUUGGAUUGCGACCAGCAGCUGUCCCUUUUGGAUACGUCGAUUUUGAAACCCCGUCGAAGCGAGACUAGGACCUGUGGUCCCGGAAAGACGUUUGAUGCCCCGGCCACCAUGGUCAGAGCAACAGAUAUGGCCAUGCCUGCUUUUGCUGUUGAUGCCAACUCUCUUGUCGGGUCAGCAUGGGAUACACUGAAGACUCAUAUCACCUCAUCCCUGGAAAAGCUGCAGCACCUCUCGCGCAAUCCUCUCGUGGAACAGUUACAAGGCUUAUCGUCACAAGAUGUAGCCAAUAAGGGUAUCGCUACCCUGAAGGUUCUGCUCGAGGGAAUACGGCCAACAAGUAGCAUCGACAUGCUCUGCUUCGUCCACAUCACCUACUCGCUUUCUCUCAUUGUGCACGAAGACGACGCUCGCAACCGCUCGAGGCAGCUCUUUGCCCAAGCUUUCCGUUGCAGCGAUUGGCUGGUGGGAUGUGAGCGGGAACAGUAUACCGAGGUGGCGUUGGCGAUUUGGCAGCCACUGGACUUUUCGCCCAGUGAAAUGAAUGUAGUGUUAUCGGAACGACAUCAAGAUGCGAUUUCCAGUCCGUCAAGUCUGAAAGGAAAGGAGCGAGCCACUUCGUGGCCGAGAAAACCCUUGGAAAAGAAUGUCUUACUGGAAGUAGCGUGCUUCUUCUUGGACGAACUUGAACGCACCGCGUUGCCGAGCAAGGACCUCGAGUCGAGCGAGGUUCUUGGCUCGAUGCUGUGGACAAAGCACUCUACGCAUGCCACCGACAGCUUGGUCUUGAAAGAAAGCUUGGAUGCGACUUGCAGAGCGUUGCGAAGUGAGGUUCACAGAGGCUUCGCUCAUGCUAAGGGCCUCAAUUCAAAGAUCAAGCGCAUUCAGAAGCGCAUCGGCAGCAGCAGUGUUCGCAGCGCAAGGAGGGUGGAGCUGGAGCUGUUGCAGGCUGGCAAGGGAUGCGUAACACUACAAGAAUACUUCGAUAGCUACGUGCCCAUGGUCAGGGAGCUGCUUGAUGAUGUCUACAAUCAGCACGUACCGAGAGGGCUGUCACGAACGAGAUACCAUGUACACGGUACCGAUCUGAUGCAAACCAUAAUCUCGCGCAUCUGCGAAAAGGAGGCAAUUAAACACACCACGCAGGAUACCACCAACGUGACUAGCGAGGCGGCUUUAGAUGAGUUCAUCAGGAGCACAACAACAGCACUGGACGACUCGUGGGAAAGCUUCCUCACGGUGCAGGAGGACCCGCUUGCCAUGCCGACGCCUCUGACUGGCGCUCAGAUGAUGAUGAUGGACGACACAACGCUUGCCGACACUGUAACGACCUUCUGCGAAGCCGGUGAAUUGCCAACGCGUCCGACUUUCCCGAUGCCGCCCACGAGAAGCAAAGUUGAUGUCGAAUCGUUCGACGAGAUGGCAAGAGCGUCUCCAAGCGGAGCGGGACAAAAGUUCGAGUUGAAGACGAGCGACAGUUGCGAGAUUUGCGGAUACCAGCCAAAGGGCGACCCGCAGUGGUUCAAGGGCAGCAUGGCGAAGCACAAAAAACUGCAGCACUCGACGGCACCUCCCAAGAUCUACCGGUGCCCGUAUCCCGGCUGCACAAGCCAGUAUAAGAAUCGGCCGGAUAACCUGAAGCAACACCAGCAGGACAAGGGUCACUUUGUAGACGGAGAGACAGGACGGAGGCCUAGCAAGCGUAAGAAGAGGGAGGAGUAA